AUGCAAGGAAUAAAGCAAGGAGGAGAAUGCUUCAACGGCUUACCAGAGCUGCUGCCCAAGAAUUUAAGGAAAAUAGAAAAGAAGCCAAAAAAGACAUUUCGUUGGAAUAAAAGAAGUCAUCUACUUCACGACCCCAGAGAUGCUAUCUACGGACUGACUCGACGAGAUCAGGUCUUGAUCUUUCGUUUACGAACGGAACACAACAGGCUCAAAGCUCACCUUUCAGUAGGUUUAAAAUUGGCUCUAGUCCCCUCUGCGAGAGCGGCGACUUACCUUAAAUCUGAGCUCAGUUGGGGACCAGGAGGCUCGUAUCCUGGAGAGGAGUUGGUAAGCACAUUCCUCGAUUCUCUCUUCGUCAAGGAAAAAUUCGAAGGAAGGGACCUCCAUACUGGCGUUCGUCCUGCAGGCAAUCAACAAGCCGACUGUAUUAGUCUCUCCCACCGUCAACCUCUCAUUAGCCAAUAA